UAGUUUCAAAUUAAGAGACUACUUUAAUAAUAGUUCUAAGUUUGAUUUCAUCAAAAUCGUCACAGUUUAAUCAAGUCAAGACAUACCAAACUGAAGUACAUUUAUAUUUUAGAGACAAUGCAGCUUAGAGCAUGUUGGAAGCUAUCAAAUGUAGUUGGCUUCGCUGUAUUGGGCAUGUUAAUUCAGUCUAUAAAUCCCACUCAAGGCACAGACGAGCUAACGUCCUUGCUGGACAAGCUGCACAUGCUGAAGGUGAACAGACAGCUCAUGGAGAAUCUGAAUGAAUAUGUAAAUAGGCUACAUCAGAAGCUGGACACGCUGCGAAGGCUAGCUCUGGAAUUGGAAGGUCCUUUGCUGCGAGUCGAGGAUCCCGAGUCGGAGGUUCUCUCCAAUCCUCUGCUCAGCUAUUCGCUCGUGCGGCAAAUGCACUUCGAUUGGCCGCAUGUGGAGAAACUCAUGGAGCAGAGCGUGGGUCUAGAGCAAAUUGAUUUUGCCAAGCAAAUGCGCAGUGAGCUUCCUCGACUUCAGGAUGUCAUGGAGGCAACGGCAGCUAUGAAUCGAGUGCAGCAAGUCUACCAACUGGAGCCAGCUGAUGUAGCUAACGGCUUGCUAGAUGAGGUGCAGCUGAAUGCAAAGCUCUCGAUCUCCGACUGUUAUGAGAUGGGAGCGAACUUGUUCGAAGCCUCGCAGUUUUCUGAUGCAGCUAGUUGGUUGAUCGUGGCUAGAGAACUGUGGGACCAGUCCCUGACUGCAGCUGAAGAACUGUUAACCGUCUCACGUAGUAAUAUAUCCUCACUCCUGGCUAGAUCCGAAAUGGCAGCAGGUCACUUGGAACUAGCACGAGCUGCUUUACUAGAGGAGCCUAGUUUGAGGGCUCAGGCAGAGCAGCUGCUGUUGGCUUAUCGCAAUCAUGAAGCUGCCCCUAGUGAAGACCAUCCUUAUAUAGAAGACACGGACGACGAUUUUAUUGAACUUUGCGACUCAUCGUACACGCCCAGACCAACUCGACUUGUUUGUUCCUACAAAACGAAUCCAUCGAAGUUUUUGCAUCUGGCUCCUUUUAAAAUGGAGCUGCUGUCUGAGGAUCCUUACAUGGUGGUCUUCCACGAUGUGCUCUACGACGAGGAGAUUGAAAGUUUGAGGCGCAUGUCUGAGCCCUCGUUGAGCCGCUCCUUAAUUGUUGAGGAAGAUGGAACGGAAACUGUGUUCAAGGUGCGAACUGCGAACGACGUCUUUCUAGAUAGCGACGAACUAUCCCCGAAGGAUGCGCAAUUGGUGAAGCGCAUCUACCAGAGGUUGAGGGAUCUGACCGAACUGCGGCUUGGCCAUGCAAGCUUUGAAUAUCUGAAAUAUGACUUUGGGGGCCACUACACCUUCCAUCAUGACUACUUGAAUGACACCGAUCACUCCUCUGACGAUCGCGUUGCCACCUUCCUAAUUUAUCUCAAUGAUGUCACUCGGGGCGGUGCCACAGUCUUUUCCGACAUCAAGCUGGCGGUGCAUCCCGAAAAGGGCAAAGUUCUCCAUUGGUACAACAUGAAUCCCAGCUCAUUCGACUUUGAGACGCGCUCUUAUCACGGUGCUUGCCCCGUUCUGAUCGGUCGAAAGAUCGCUCUAGCUCGGUGGAUCCACGAGCAGGACCAAAUGUUUGUUAAGCCCUGCUUGCAGCCGCCACUAAGCCGUAAGUCGCGUGGAUAAAGAGACGCAGAAGAGGUUCAUAGAGCGAGAGAGACAGCUAUAGAGAGACAAAGUUGGACAUAAAAGAGAGAGAUAAGGGAGAACAGAAAGAUAGAGUUUGUGAGAGGGAGAUAGUGAGAUAGAGA